AUGCUUGACGCGGUGGCGAAGUCUAUCGCGGGCUAUAACCCAUCGCUGGUCGAUAUCUGGGGGAGGCUUGCGAAUCUCCAUUGCCUUGAAGGUGGCGGCGAACGCACUGUGUGGCUAUCCAGUCUGGUCAAUCGCUCUGACUUCCAGGAGGCAUCCCAGCCAUAUCCUAUAAUCACGGCGCUCAAUGUCGAUCCCAGACGGAAUAUCUCAGGUUGCAACUAUGGUGAUCUUUCGUCGACCCAGUACGAAUUUCAUCCUUUCGAAUUUGGAACUUGGGAUUUAGGCACUCGAAGCUUCUCCCAGACGGCCUUCAUGGGCUCGCAGUCUACCGCAAGCUUCGCCCCGUCAUCGGCAACAUGUAUCAACGGCUUUGAUAGCCUUGGCUUCGUCAUGGGGGCCUCCAGCAAUCCCUUCAACUUAUUUUGUGGUGUCGUUCCCAACUCUUCACCAUUCUCAGGUCACCUAGGAGAUCUGUGGAACGACAUGAUUGACAUGCUGGGAGCUGUGCACGGCGUGUCAUUCUUAGACGAGUACGCUGUAUGUCCGGGACCCUUCGCCGCCACAACUCAUGUCGACAGCCUCUACCUCAUCGAUGGUAGCCAGGGUGGCGAAGAGAUUCCGAUCUGGCCUUUGCUGCCUGUGGAGCGAGGUGUAGGAGUCAUUGUUGCUGCCGACUUCUCGACGUCGACGCCAGAUCAGCUGCCAGAUGGAUCAUCACUGUACAAAACGUUUCAGCGAGCACAGCAAAUGGGGUUCUCACGCAUGCCUAUGAUACCGACACCUGCCGAAAUCGACAAGCUUGCACUCAACAAGCAGCCAACGUUCUUCGGCUGCAGAUCUGACGCCAGCCAAGCUCUUAUCAUCUACAUACCCAAUGUGCCUCACAUUCUCGGAAGCAAUGUGCCGUGGUGGACUAUUCAGCUUUCCAGUGAACUUGUGACCAGCAUACUUGAAAACGGCAACCUCGUUGCCACAAUGAAAGGCGAUACUCAAUGGCCGAUUUGCAUUGGAUGCGCCGUGCUGUCCAAGGCCAGUGGAGACAUCGCGCUGCCAAAGGCUUGUGAGGCGUGCUGGGACCGGUUCUGCUGGAAAGGCACGGCAAGUGGUCCAGCGCACUGA